AUGUCUCCCCCAAACGCUGAGGAGCCACCCCAGGAGCCUGGGCCCUCAAGCUUCAAGAAAAAAAAGAAGAAAAGGAAGUGGCCACAGAGCGAGGCCAGCAUCCAUGCCCUCACCAGCGCUGGCCACGGGGCCCUCCUGGCUGGCCGGAACCACGAAGCCCUGGCCAGUUUCCAGAGGGCCUUCCUCCUGGCCUCGGAAGCCCCCCACACCAGGGACACCCCCAUUCUCCGGGCCUGCGCCUUCAAUCUCGGGGCUGCCUAUGUGGAGACGGGGGACCCAGCCAGAGGCCUCGAGCUGCUCCUGCGGGCACAACCAGAAGAGGAGGCACAGGGUGUGGGACACGGCGACCAGUGCUUCAACGUGGCCUCAGCCUACCAAGCCCUGGGGGACCUGCCUCAAGCUUUGGCCUGGUACCACAGGGCCCUGGGCCACUACCAGCUGCUAGGUGACCAGGGACAAGCCCAGGCAAAGAUGGGAGCCUGCUACCAGGCACUGGGGGAGCCGGAGCAGGCCGUGCGCUGCCUCCAGGAAGCCAGCCGGGCCUAUACCCAGGCAGGCCAGCCCCGGGCCGCAGCCCUGGCCCUGGGGGCCGCGGCUGGGUGUAUGCUGGCGAGCGGGCAGCAUGGGGUGCGCGAGGUGGUGCAAGUGCUGGAGGAAAGCCGGGCGCUUGCUGAGAGGAGCCCGGAGCAGGGCCUGCUGGGUCAGCUCUACAAUGAUCUAGGCCUGGCCUACUCCACGCUCCGGCUGUUCCCUCUGGCCGCAGAGGCCUUCCUGCAGGCACUGCCCCUGUGCCAGGGGCCAGCCGAGGAGGCCACAGUGCUGGGGAAUCUAGGGGCAGCCCACAAUGCCCUGGGCAACUACCAGGAAGCGCGGGAGUAUCACCAGCAGGCCGCGAACCUGCACGGUGUUGUGGGCCAGCGGCGGGAGCAGGGCCGGAGCUUUGGCAGUCUGGCCUAUGCUCUGAGCCAGCUGGGGGACCACACUGCUGCCCGAGACAACUUCCUGCACGCGCUGCAGGCCGCCCAGGACACCGGGGACGUGAAGGGUCAGUGGCAGGCCUGUGAGGGUCUGGGGGCCGCAGCAGCACGACUGGGCCAGCAUGAUCAGGCUGUGUGCCACUACAAGGACGCACUGGCCCGCUGCCAGAAAGAGCCAGAUUCUGUACGUGAGCGACUGGUGGCCAAGCUGGCAGAUGCUGUGAGGACCCACAUGGCCCGGGGUGGGCUGGUCCCGACUCACACCCAGACCUCCAAUCCAGGAAGGACUUGGGCCGUAGGUGGGGUCCCCCCAGCCUGUCCUCCACCCAGGGUGGGCCACAGUGCAGCAGAAGUGCGGCACAGGUCCUUGGGAUUGUGGGAAAACCACAAGUUAGAGGAAGGCCAGAAGGAGAAAGAAGAGGGGUCGGCAAAGCUUCCUACCAGGUCCUGGGCUCGGAGACCGGAGUGGCCCAAGGCCCAGCUCCCAUCAGGAGGCCGAGCUGCCCCCAGCAUGGAGGAGGCUGGCACUCUGGGACACAGUGGAUCCCAAGUCAACAGCAAUCUGAACAAUACUCAUCCAGCUCCAGGGGCCUGGAGGGUCCCAAGGGCAGCGGACCUCAGAGAAAGGGAGUGUCCUGUUGAACUGGUGGGCUCAGAGCGCAAGGCCUGGCCCUCCCACCCAGGAGCCCAGCGUCACAGGUUGUCCAGAUGGGAAGCCCCCCGCAGGAACCCGGAGAGGAGACCCCCUGAGUCUGGCCUCUGCAGCAUCAUGUGAGCCUCGCCCCCUGUCUCCACGGCCCUCUCCCCUGAGGCUCCUCCCACCACAUGUUUGAGGGUGCUGGAACCAGC